GAUUAUCAAGCAAGCUUGGAAAUAUCGACCUCCUUCCAACUUACAUGUUCAAAAAACGAUUUCCCGAAGAGGUUCAUAACUUUAUAAGCUUGAAUGUUGUGCCCUUAAUUUCCCCUCUUCAUACAACAUCUCACUUUUUCGUUUUGUAUUACUUUGAUACCCAGCUACACAACCGUUAGCCCCUCCAUGAUGUCUGCUCCUCACCAGGACGACCUAGACGAUGCGCCCGAGCUCCUAGACGCCGACGAUGCGCUCGAGGAGAUUGUGGAUGGCGAGGGCGACAUAGCAAUGGACUCAGACGACGAAGAACCCGAAGAGAUAACCCUACAUAACGACAGCAUAGCCUACUUCGACGCGCACAAAGACUCCGUCUUCGCCAUCGCCCAGCACCCGACCCAACCCUCGCUAAUCGCGACCGGCGGCAGCGAGGGCGAAGGCGACGACGCCCCGGGGAAGGGAUACGUUUUCGACACGAGCCCCGUCGUCGGCCGGCCCGUGCUCCCCGCGAGCUACAACGCGGACCCGUCCGCGCCGCAGCAGAAGAGCACGGAGCUGAAACCCCUGUUCACCAUCGACGGGCACAGCGACUCCAUCAACGCGCUCGCCUUCACGCUGCCGAACGGCGAGUUUUUGGUGUCGGCCGGCCUGGACGGGAGACUGCGCGCGUACCAGCUGUCCGUCGACGCGCACAAUAAGCCGACCUUCGCGUUCCUGGCCGAGGCCCAGGAGGUGCCCGAGGUGAACUGGGUGGCGCCGUGCCCGUCGGCGAAGGUGCCGAACACGGUCGCGCUGGGCGCGAGCGACGGGUCCGUCUGGGUGUACACGAUCGACGCGGCGGACGCGGCGAACCCGCUGCAGAUCGCGCAGAGCUACUUCCUGCACACGGCGGCGUGCACGGCGGGGGCGUGGUCGCCCGACGGCACGUUCCUGGUGACGGUGUCGGAGGACAGCUCGCUGUACGUGUGGGAUGUGUGGGGCGAGGCGGCGGCCAAGAACCUCGUCAACGACAACGGGCAGACGGUGGUCUCGCUCACGGGCGAGGACCAGCGGUUCGGCGUCGAGGGCGGCCUGUACUCGGUGGCCGUGGACCCCAAGUCGACGUUCGUCGCGGUCGGCGGCGCGGGCGGCGUCGUCAAGAUCGUCGGCUUGCCAAGGCUGGGCGCGGACGCGCAGCCCGUGAAUAGCAAGCAGAGCAAGACGAAGGCGAAGGGCAGCGAGGCGGGCAGCGCGCAAGGGGGCACGAUAUUGGCGGAUUUGCAUACGCAGUCCGACGGUAUAGAGACGCUGAGCUUUUCGCCGAAGCAGAGCUUGCUCGCGGCCGGGAGCGUCGACGGGAGUAUAGCCGUGUACGAUACCGCGCGCCGGUUCGCGGUGCGGAGGCAUAUCAAGGAGGCGCAUGAGGAGUUCAGCGUGGUUAAGGUAGAGUUUGUGGCUGGUCUGGGCGACGGAUGGGUGCUGACGAGUUGUGGUAUGGAUGGUGUGGUUAGGAGGUGGGAUGUUAGGGGUGCGGCGAGUUCGAGCGAGAGCAGUCUGGUGAAGGAGUGGAGAGGUCAUAGGGGAGAUGGAGAGGGUGGCGGUGUGCUGGGAUUUGUGGAGGGGACGACGGGGGAGCGGAUCGUGACGGCGGGGGAUGAUGGUGUUGUGUUGGUGUUUGAAGCUUAAAUCAGGGGGUAAAGAGGAAUGCGUGGUUGAUAAUGUGACUGAGAAUACCAAAAAGAUUUACGCCGGGUUAUAAGUUGGCGGCGGCUUUGCU